GCUCCUUAGCUUUGAGCAAGAAGAUGGCUGCCAAAACAGGAUCUCAGCUGGAGCGCAGCAUAAGCACCAUCAUCAAUGUUUUCCAUCAGUACUCUAGGAAGUAUGGACAUCCUGACACCCUGAACAAGGCGGAAUUCAAAGAAAUGGUGAAUAAGGACUUGCCAAAUUUUCUGAAGAGGGAGAAAAGAAAUGAAAAUCUCCUAAGAGACAUCAUGGAGGACCUGGACACAAACCAGGACAAUCAACUGUCCUUUGAGGAGUGUAUGAUGCUGAUGGGAAAGUUGAUCUUUGCCUGUCAUGAGAAGCUGCAUGAGAACAACCCACGUGGGCAUGACCACAGCCACGGCAAAGGCUGUGGGAAGUAAUUAAGAGGUCAGCCAUGUAACAUCUGCCCAACCAAGUCUAAAGGGAAUAGCUUACUAAAUGACCUUGGUUCUGGGGCUGGGAAAUAAUUUAAAAAUGAAUAAAUAAAGUCUUUAUCCAUUCC